UUUUUUUUUUUUCCUUUGCCGGAGUCGAGCGGGUGCUGCUAGCGGAGGCGCCAUAUUGGAAGGGACAAAACUCCGGCGACAGCGAGUGACACAAAUAAACCCCUGGACCCGUUCGUCCCCGCAGCAGUCAGGGCCGCGAUGUUGUACCUAGAGGACUAUUUGGAAAUGAUUGAGCAGCUUCCGAUGGACCUGCGGGACCGCUUCACGGAGAUGCGCGAGAUGGAUCUGCAGGUGCAGAAUGCGAUGGAUCAACUAGAACAAAGAGUCAGUGAAUUCUUUAUGAACGCAAAGAAGAACAAACCCGAGUGGCGAGAAGAACAGAUGGCAUCCAUCAAAAAAGACUACUAUAAGGCUUUGGAAGAUGCAGAUGAGAAAGUACAGUUGGCAAACCAAAUAUAUGAUUUGGUAGAUCGCCACUUGAGAAAACUGGAUCAGGAACUGGCUAAGUUUAAAAUGGAGCUGGAAGCUGAUAAUGCUGGGAUUACGGAAAUAUUAGAGAGGCGAUCUUUGGAAUUAGAUACUCCUUCUCAGCCAGUGAACAAUCACCACGCUCAUUCACAUACUCCCGUGGAAAAAAGGAAGUAUAAUCCAACUUCUCACCAUACAGCAACAGAUCAUAUCCCCGAAAAGAAGUUCAAAUCUGAAGCUCUUCUGUCCACCCUUACAUCUGAUGCUUCUAAGGAGAACACACUGGGUUGUCGAAAUAAUAAUUCCACAGCUUCCUCCAACAAUGCUUACAAUGUGAACUCGUCCCAACCCCUGGCAUCCUAUAAUAUUGGCUCCUUAUCUUCAGGGACUGGUGCAGGGGCCAUCACCAUGGCAGCAGCUCAAGCAGUGCAAGCAACAGCCCAGAUGAAAGAAGGACGAAGAACAUCAAGUUUAAAAGCCAGUUAUGAAGCAUUUAAGAAUAAUGACUUUCAGCUGGGAAAAGAAUUUUCAAUGCCCAGAGAAACAGCUGGCUAUUCCUCCUCAUCGGCACUCAUGACGACCUUAACACAGAAUGCCAGUUCCUCGGCAGCUGACUCACGAAGUGGGAGGAAGAGCAAAAACAACACGAAGUCUUCAAGCCAGCAGUCAUCCUCCUCCUCCUCUUCCUCCUCCUCUUCUUCCUUGUCUUUAUGUUCAUCAUCUUCAACUGUAGUACAAGAAGUCUCCCAGCAAGCAACAGUAGUGCCCGAAUCUGAUUCCAAUAGUCAAGUUGACUGGACUUAUGACCCCAAUGAACCUCGAUAUUGCAUCUGUAAUCAGGUAUCCUAUGGCGAGAUGGUGGGAUGUGAUAACCAAGAUUGCCCGAUAGAGUGGUUCCACUAUGGGUGUGUUGGCUUGACAGAAGCCCCGAAGGGGAAGUGGUACUGUCCACAGUGUACCGCCGCCAUGAAGAGGAGAGGCAGUCGGCACAAAUAGAGCUGCUUCCCUGGAGGAAGGAAGAGCUUCAGCGUGGCGUUUAUACAGGACUCGGAAAGUCAGACACGAGGAAGAGAGACGACUCAUUUCCAGGCAACCACUUAAAGGAUUUACAUAGACAAUCCUAGAAGAUCUUGAACUUGAAUUUUAUGAGUUGUAUUUUAAUAAUGUAAGUAAAUUAUUUAUGCACUCCUGGUGUGCUAAGAAUAUUAUUCCAGUUAGCCUUGGAUUAUUUCUGUGGCCAACAUAUGCAGACAUUUGUACUCCUCAACCAUUUUCUCAAAGUAAUGGGCAUUCUAUAAUUUAAACUUCAAAGAAUUCCAACGAUGAAGAUUUUAAGAAAGUAUUUUAUAUUCAACAGGUAUAUUCUGCUGCAUGUACUGUACUCCAGAGCUGUUAUGUUACACUGUAUAUAAAUGGUUGCAAAAAAAAAACAAAAACAAAAACAAAAAAACAAAAAAAAAAAAGUCAGUCCUUCUAAAAAGGAUUUACGAUAAUGGUUUUUAAGAUGCCUUUAUAAUAAGCUUUGUUUCUUUGUGAAACUCAUUCAGCAGGCUGAAGGGAUUGGUUCAUGUCAUAAAGUGGGCUGGUGUCCUCUAGAGUACCUGGUACAUAAACAGAAACUCCUGUAGGUGAAACCUGAUUCGUGCCAUUAGUCUAUAUGUUCUGCAUCCAGAUAGAGUGCAGCUCAAGAGGGUGGGGGUGGGGGCCUAUGGGGG